UAUUUUUUAAUAAAAAACUACACGAAGUUUUCACAGACUUGUCUUUUGUCUUUUCUCUUUCUUUAACUUUUUGCUAUCAAAACAAUCGAUACUGAAAACCAUCGUGGUCUUCUUAUUUUAGCAUUGGAAGUUUAUGGCCGUGACCCUGAUAUUGAUAGCCACGCCGAACAACGAAGCUCUACUGGAUCCACUCGCCAAUCGACAUCUGUGCCGUCUUUGGGCCACAACGAUUUCGAAAUAUGUACUAUGCACCAAACAGAAGGAAGUAAUAUUUCCAUGAAGCUUAUACUUGGUACUCACUCCUUUAACGCCCUUGUAACUGCUAGUACACGUAUUGACAAUUUGGUUGAUCAGCCGGAAUGCGGACCUAACACUGUAAAUUUCGUUGUGCCUCCUCGAUUCCAUUUAAAAUACAAACUAUACCUUGACUCGCAAUCAUGGUCUGACUCUUUAACGCUAGAUAAAAAGACUAACUUGAAUUCAAUUUAUACCCACUCCCGACUUAUGCAACUUCGACAGCUUAAAACACGAUUUCAUAAAAUUGAUACUUACUCUUCUUCGCGUUCUUCAUUAUUCCAUGGCUAUUUACAGCAACCUAUGACAGUAUUCACGUAUGGUAAAAGUACUACAUCUAUUAAUUCUGGGGCCUUAUCUUCUAGGUUAUUAGCUACUUUAGCUACCUCAGUUAUGAGGGAUGGUGAAAAUGCUCGUUUAGGGAAAAACAGCGUUGAAAAAUUAUUGUCCGAAUUUACCAAAGAAACAAAGGCUAAACUUGUUUUUCUACGAAUACUUCAACUUUUUGACGACGGUGAUAUUAUUCCUAUUAUUGGAAAUACUGACCUGAAUUCUCUUGCUGAGGAAUUAGCUACCUUGUUAGCACCGUAUAUAUCUACCGCAAACAAAAAAAGUGUUAUUCCUUCCCUCGCCGACCAUUUAAAAUCAUAUUGAUUGUAGUAACCCACUCUUUUUAUUAAAUGUAUACCUGUUGCACUCCCUCUUCCUCUUCAUGUCAUGCAAUACCUUUUAUUAUCAUUGUUUAUUAUUAAAAGCUAUUAGUUAAAAAAUAAAAUAUAGUACAGUAAUACAGGCUUCAAACUCGACCAACCCUAAAUUCUUAAACAUCUCUAAAUUCAUAUUUUUGUGACAGAAAUGCAAAAAAAUAAAAACUGAGGGAGGAGAUGCAUUUUGAAAAUGGUCGGAAAUUGUUUUGGUUAUAGCUGAGAUGCACCAUACCCACCUACUAUUUCUUAUAAAUGUACCACGUAUCUUUUGUUAUUAUUAAAUGUUCGAGCAUGUUUAAGAAUUUAGGGUUGGUCGAGUUUGAAGCCUGUAUUACUGUACUAUAUUUUAUUUUUUAACUAAUAGCUUUUAAUAAUAAACA